CUGGCCGGCUUUGCCCUGCCCAUGUUUUCUAUGUCUCAGUCCGUCCAUCUCCUGACGUUCAAGUUCGCAGGAACGUCACGUCCGCACUUGAACUUGCAGCUCAGGGGGGUAUCGCCGUACCCCCAUCACUCUGUCUUUGCGAGAAAAGUCAUGAAGAGGUCCGCACAGCCCGUAGCGCGCGACGCCUCACCCUCUGUGUGAUCUGCACUUCAUUUUUUCUUUUCUUUUUUCCUAUUUGGAUGUCAGACGCAUCAAUGAAGAUAUUUCAUUUGGAGUCUACCUUAUAGGAACGGAUUUCCCAAUGUGAACUCAGCUGAAAAGCCGCCACUGAACCAACAUGUCUCGCCGCAAGCAAGGCAAACCCCAGCACUUGAGCAAACGGGAGUUUUCGCCUGAGCCGCUGUCAGGUGUUUUACCAGAAGAAGACUCUCAGGACUCCCCCAGGCUGGGAGUGGCUCAGGGUGAGCCCCUAAAAGGGGACCAGGACCUGCUGACCUGCGGCCAGUGCCACUCCCGCUUCCCCCUGGCUGACAUCCUGCUCUUCAUCGAGCACAAACGGAGGCAGUGCCAUGGGAGCCUCUGUAUGGACAAACCCCUGGACAGGCCGCCGUCCUCUCCGCUCGCCUCGCCUCUCUCCACCUCCUCGUCACACUCGCGGACCCACCAUCAGCAUCCACGGAGGGCGUGUCACCCAGUGGAGGUGGCCGUUCAGGUGUCGCCGCGGGAUGAGGAUUGUUUAUCUGCACCCUUGCAAGGAAUAAUCCCCAAGCAGGAGAAUAUCACAGAUAAAGAUGAGCCCAGCAGUUACACCUGCACCACCUGUAAGCAGCCCUUCACCAGUGCCUGGUUCCUGCUCCAGCAUGCCCAGAACACCCACGGCUUCCGCAUCUACCUGGAGAGCGAACCUGGCAGCCCCCUCACCCCCCGCGUGGCUGCAGCUCCAGGAAUGGGGGGUGAUUGUGCCUCCUCCCAGCCUCCCCUCCAUGCCGUCCACUUGGCUGACGGCAGUCCUUACAGCCUCCUGAGGAUGCCGGGCUCUGGCUCUGGUCGAGAUUCAGCGUCCACGCCUCGCGAGGGCCGUUACCCCCGAACCCCACCACUGUUCAGCCCGCCACCGCGCCACCACCUCAGCCCAGAUGACCUGGCCUUGGCAACCCACCAUCCCAGCGCGUUUGACAGAGUGAUGAGGCUUAACUCAGUGCCACUAGAAGCCCCUCCAAUGGACUUCUCUAGACGUCUACGUGAGUUGGCGGGGAAUGCCACCGGGGCUUCCCCGCCUCUCUCCCCUAACAGGCCCAGCCCUAUGCAACGGCUGCUGCAGCCAUUCCAGCCAGGUUCAAAGCCUCCAUUUUCAGCAACACCUCCCCUCUCCACCUCCCAGUCACCCUCCGGCUCACGCUCCACCCCCAAUCCCGUAUCCAACGCCGCCCAGCCAGGCACCCCUCUCAAGGCAAAGUCUUGUGAGUUCUGCGGGAAGACCUUCAAGUUCCAGAGCAACCUAAUCGUCCACCGGCGUAGCCACACGGGGGAGAAGCCAUUCAAGUGUCACCUGUGUAACCAUGCCUGCACCCAGGCCAGCAAACUGAAACGACACAUGAAGACGCACUGUCAGAACAAGUCCUCGGUGCUUAAUGCCAAGUCAGAUGACGGCCUCUCAACUGCAAGCUCCCCUGAACCCGGUACCAGUGAUCUGAUGGGCAGCGCAACAGAUGCUCUCAAGUCAGUGGUGGCCAAGUUCAAGAGUGAGAACAAUGGCCUGAUGCCAGAAAACGGAGAAGAGGAGGAGGAAGAGGAGGAGGAGGAAGAGGAGGAAGAAGAUGAGGAGGAAGAAGAGGAAGAAGAAGAGGAGGAGGGGGAGGAGGAGGAAAUUGAGACUAAGCCUGGAGUGGAAGAAGAAGAGGGAAGGAAUGACUAUCGUUUUAGCCUGCGACUAGAGGGGGCCCGCCACCACCAGAACAGUGAGGCCUUGCACCCUCACCGCCGGAGCUCGUCCCAGGAGCCUGGCGACGAGGACUCGGCCAUGGAGUCAGACCGAGCAGAUGAUGGAACCACCACUACCAUCAAUGGCCUGGGACCUAUAUCCACUGACAGCUUGUCCAGGAAGCUGCUGAGUGGAGGGGUCAGCCCCGGCUCCCUCAGUCCCAUCUCCAAGCGCAUCAAGGUGGAGAAGGACCUUGACCCCCCCACGCCCACUAUCCCAAACACGGAGAACGUCUACUCCCAGUGGCUAGCUGGCUACGCUGCCUCACGACAACUCAAGGACCCAUUCAUCAACUUCACAGGUGGGGACUCCAGACAAUCGCCCUUCGCCUCCUCAUCUGAGCACUCGUCGGAAAAUGGCAGCUUGCGCUUCUCCACUCCGCCCGGCGAGCUGGACGGGGAACGGGCCGCCUCAGGACGCAGCGGCACCGGCAGCGGGGCCAGCACUCCCCAUGGCGGCAGCGGGAACGGCAGGCCGAGCUCUAAGGACGGCCGCCGCAGUGACACCUGUGAGUUUUGCGGCAAGGUGUUCAAGAACUGCAGCAACUUGACAGUGCACCGACGCAGUCACACUGGAGAGCGGCCCUACAAGUGUGAGCUCUGCAGCUAUGCGUGCGCCCAGAGCUCAAAGCUCACCCGCCACAUGAAGACCCAUGGACAGAUGGGCAAAGACGUGUACAAAUGUGAAAUCUGCCACAUGCCUUUCAGUGUAUACAGCACUCUGGAGAAACACAUGAAGAAGUGGCACAGCGACCGCCCUCUGGCUAAUGACAUUAAGACUGAGUAGGCAAAGAGCAGCAUGCUGGCAGCUCUCUCUCUUUCAGCUCCCCUGGCUAAAAAGCAACCCUGGCUAACUAGCCAAUAAGUGAGGGGAAAGGACAACAGGGUUAGACACCAGUACACGGUACAGCCCUGUUAUCAUCCCCGACUGGAAAAAGCUGAAUGCAUGAUCCAUCAUUGGGGCAAUACUAUUGCAUCAAACGCAAAACUUUUUGAGCCUUUCUAUUGUGCAAUAAUUUACACGUUUUGUAUUUUUUGUAACUGGACAGCAUGCUCGGUGUGUUUUGGCUACUUAGAGAGAAAAUUGUCCUCGGCUGGUGGGUUUGGUUGUACAUGUGUUGCUGUUGAUAUGUUUGAUUUCUUCAACAUGAAAAAAAAAAGUUAGUUAUGAGAACCCAUGCUGCAUACAGUACAUACUGUUUUACAUAUCAUGUACAGUUUUGUGUUCAAACAUAGUGGACGGUGUCAUAUUAUCAAAACAUCCAGACAAGCAGGGUCACACUUAAAACUGAUCUUUGUGAAAGAUUUUCCAUGCAAGAUUGAGAUAAGAUAUAUAUAUAAAUAUAUAGAAAUUGGGCUGCCUAUGAGAUGCUAGGCACUAGCGCCAUGAAAUAUUUCUUUGACAAACAGCAAUGAAAUUAACAGUAUGGUGUGAAAUGACAACAAAGAGUGCCUUGGAUAUUUUACCUGCAUUAGUUAAUCCUCCUUUUUGCUAUAAGCUCGGAGUUUCAGCUGUAGAAGAUUACAGGACAUUUUUGUGCACAUAUGGAAUAAGCAGGUCCUUGCAUCAAGCACCUGCACAACCCUGUCGUUUUGUGACUUAGCAGAGCAUAAGGAACCAGCUGAAACAAAAAAGAAAAAAAAAAGAUUAUGUGUACCUCUGGUAAAUCAUUUAUCUGCCUGACUCAUGUAUAUUAUUCUCCAGAUUAUGAUUCUGUUUACUGGCAUGUUACAUGCUAAAAAAGGAGUAGGCGUGUAGAGUUUUUGGUCUAGGUGUUUAUGUUUUUCUGGUACGUGUGUACCACACUGAGAGCGUAGUCCGACGAGUUGUUUUAACCAACGUAAAGCUCUUAAUUUUCCAGAGUGUUUAUUUUCUUUGAAAAUUAAAAGUUUGCAGUUUUUGUUUUGUAAGUAGCACAGAAUUAUGUUUCUUCUGUGUCAGUCAGGCAGCAGUGUAGCCAGCAGCCACUUGGAGACCAGAGUGGGUUUUAGUUAAGCCAGACAGAUUUCGG